UGUCGCCCUUUGUGAGUCACUGGGCGCUUGGCCGCCGGGGAGGCGCCGGGGCCGCGGCCUGCGCCGGCCUCCCCUAUGGGACUUUCCAAAAGCAAACCCAAGCACAGGAAAGGUGAGGAGCCGAAGCGGGGGUUCAGCUGCGCCGCCCCCAAGGGCAAGGACAGGCAGGCGGAGAGGCCCUCGCCGGAGCCCAAGCCGCCGGACAGGGCCGCCGCGAGGCCCGCGGACAGCCUGCACCUGGGGCCGGCGUCCGGGAAGCCGCAGCGGCCGUCCGCCUCGUCCGAAGAGAAGGCCGGCCCGAGGCAGCAGCUGAGCGAGAAGAGGAGCACCAUUCCAAAGAUCACCAUCACGCGGGCCUCCAACGAGACGCUCAUCAGCUACAGCUCUACCGAGAGCGAAGAGCAGAGGACCAUCCGGGAACAGGCUGAGUGUGGCCCCUACCAGCGGCACAGGAACCCCAGUACCAUCGCGGCCUACAAUCUACACUCCCAAGAAUAAAUGAGCACCCCGGUAGCUGUCCGUGGUCAGUGUGAUGCGAGUCUCAGCGCUGGUGGCCGAGGGCUGCCCUGUCCUCCUCCCACUGCUCCGUGACCGCCUGGGUCUUCCCUUCCCCAGAGCUGUUGGCAGCUUGGUGGAGGGCGACCGUGACUGCGGGCCAGAGAGCGAACGUGUGCUAAUCAAGGACUCCGGCAGCGUUCCGUGGCGCGAGCGCUGGCUGUGCAGUGCUGAGCUGCCAGGGGCGCCUCCUGCCGUGACAGCGCUUUCCACCGUCUCCCCGAGCUGGGGGAAAGAUGCGAUUUUGAGGACUGACCCUGCAUACGGAAUGCCCAGUGAGGAGUGUGUGCUGGGGUUGGGGCCGGCUUUGCUGGUGGCCUUGUCUUUCUGGCCAGUGGAGGGCCACUCAGGAAGAGCCCAGGGCUGCUGGAGACAGUCUCAGCCCAGUCUGCCCUCACACAUGCAGGGCAGAAACAGAAUGUGGGGUUUGUCAGCUGGAGACUGGCUGGUGGCAGGCUCUAGGCAUGGUCUCCAGGAGUACUGGCCUCGGUGGGCUAACGGAAGGGACAGAGCCUGUCCACCAGGGUGAUGGACACAACCUUCUCAAGUGCCAGGGUAGGGGAGUCUGCUGCCUGUCCCAUACAUCGUUUCUUUCUUUCUUUCUUUCUUUUUUUUUUUUUUUUU